AUGAGUAGUGAAUCAAUAUUAAAAAACCAAAAAAAAAAACUAACUGAUUUGGACCAAAAUCCUUUUCAGCAAAGGGAAUUUACUAGAAAAAACGAUAUUCAAACAAUUAUUAAAUUAUUUUCUCAUUUUAGCAAGGAAGAACUAUCUAAAAAAAAGCAAAAAGUAAAUAUUGCCGGGCGAAUAAUAAACCGAAUAAGAGUUUUCGGAAAAUUAAUUUUUGCCGAUUUAGCCGACCAAAAUGGGAUUAUUCAAUUAAAAAUAACUCAAAAUGAAAAUUUUUCCAAAGUAGGUAGAGGAGAUAUUAUUGAACUAACCGGAAUAGUUUGUAAAACUGAUAUCCAAGACAAACAAAAAGAAAAGCAGGAGUUAAGCAUAGAGUUAGAAAAUUUUUCCAUUUUAACUAAAUGUCAAAAAUCUCUUCCUGACACUAUUCACUUUAAAUUUAAAGACGUUGAGGAAAGAUUUCGCAAAAGAUAUUUAGAUUUAUUAGUAAACGCCGAAAAUAGACAAAUACUUGUUAAAAGGCAUGAAGUAAUUAAAGCCAUUAGAAAGUUUUUAGACCAAAGGGAAUUUAUUGAAAUUGAAACUCCCAUUUUAGUUUCAGAAGCCUCCGGAGCCCAAGCCAAACCUUUUAUUACCCACCACAACAAACUACAUAGAGAUUUUUACCUACGAAUUGCUACCGAAAUUUCUUUAAAAAAAUUGCUAGUUGGUGGAUUCGAAAAAAUUUACGAAAUUGGUCGAAUAUUCCGGAAUGAGGGGAUAGAUGCUCGUCAUAACCCUGAAUUUACCACUAUUGAGGUUUAUCAGGCUUAUGAGAACUCUGAAUAUAUGAUGGAUUUGACUGAGGAAUUAUUACAUUAUUUAGCCAAAGAAGUUUUGAAAAAAGAAGAGUUUGAGUUUAAUUCUUACAGUAUUUCAUUGAAAGAAAAUUUUAGAAAAAUAUCAAUGAUAGAAGCGAUUAAGGAAUAUGCAAAUGUCGAUUUUUCUCAAAUAAGUAAUUUAGAAGAAGUCUUAGGAUUAGCCCGAAAACAUAAUUUAAGAUUAGAAAAAUUUCAAAAAAGUAUCGGACAGGUUAUUUUAGCCUUUUUUGAAGAAUUUGUGGAAAAAAAAUUAAUUCAACCGACUUUUAUUUAUGAUUAUCCGAUAGAAGUUUCGCCCCUAGCCAAAAGUAAAGCAGAGAAUAAAGAUAUUGCGGACAGGUUUGAAUUAUAUGUUGGCGGGUUAGAAUUUGCUAAUGGGUAUAGCGAGUUAAAUGACCCGAUAGAACAAAAAAAAAGAUUUGAAGAACAAACCAAACAAAAAGAAUUAGGUAAUGAAGAAAUUGCUAGUUUCGAUAAGGAAUUUUUGGAAGCCUUGGAAUACGGAAUGCCACCAGCCGGAGGAUUAGGAAUUGGGAUAGAUAGAUUAAUUAUGUUGUUUACCGGUCAAAAUAGAAAAACUGAGAAAGAAACUUCGAAAUUAAAGUUAGUUGAAAAGCAUGAUAAGAAAUAUCCAACGGAGUAUCCUUUUUUAAGAAAAUCACUCGAUGCUCUAUGUUGGUAUCCAGAAGGGAACUCUUUUAUCAUUUUUGAAUACAAAAGUGAACUAAAACCCCGUUUAGCAUCGGGACAAGUUAUCGAAUAUUUAGGGGAAUUUACGGAGGAAGACGGGAAAGUCUGCAAGAGACUAUUGAAUGAUUUAAAUAAACUUUUCCCUAAAAAUAAAGGAAUAAAAUGGGAAAAUGAAGAAAUUGAAAUUACCAAGACGAAAGGAUUUAGUGUCUAUUUUUCCAACACCAAAGAAAAUGCUUUUUUAGCAGAGUUUAGCAAAAAAUAUGAACUUAGAGAAGAAUCGUCAGUUUUUGUGUUAACUGUAACAGAUGAGAAUACUUUUAAGAAAGGAAUUUCAUUGUUGAAAGAAUUUUUAAAAUUAAUUAGCGAGCCCGAAAAAUAUAUCAAAAAUAAAAAUCAACUAAUUAUCACUUACUGCAAUUAUGGUAAUCGUUCCGGUCAAGCCGCUCAAACGUUAAGGGAGAAAGGUUAUUUGAAUGUUUUUGUUUUGAAAGAAGGAGUGGAGGUAGACUUAGCCCAAAAAUUACUCGGCAAAAUCCUAGUCCGAAAUAUCAAUGGCCAACUCAUUAAAGUUAAAAUUGUGGAAACCGAAGCCUAUGAUGGAAAAAUUGACCGAGCUUGCCACGCUCACCAAGAAAAUAGCCGAGGAGGUUUUGCUUAUGUUUAUCUUAUUUAUGGCAUGUAUUAUUGUUUUAAUAUCACUUCUUCUUUUAAAGGAGACCCGCAAGCGGUAUUAAUUCGAGCCGCUGAACCACUAAAUCACCACACUAUUCCAGUUAGUUCUCAACAUGACCCAAAGAAAAAAUAUCACUAUUAUACUAAUGGUCCAGGAAAAUUAUGUCGAGCCUUGAAUAUUGAUAUAAGCCUCAAUAACGUCGAUUUAACUACUAGCGAUUUAAUUUAUUUAGAAGACCAACCAGAAAUUAAAGUUGAAAAUAAUUUUUCUACUUCGGGUUGCUGGGAAAUUACGGUUCCUUCCUUGCUUUCAGCGGAAACGCUCGGUAAACUCCUUUAUUCAAUUUACAAUAAGUUAAAUUAUUUGUUUGACUUCCUUGACUUUCAGAUAAGAUUUAAAGAGCCAAAUUUAGUAAUUAACGAAGAUACUAUUAAAGAAUACUUUUCGCUGAUUUGUACUACUCCUUUCUUGCAAAAAGAGAAAGAAUCGAAAAAAAAUCUCAAUACCAGUUCUUCGCAACAAAAUUCAUUAAAGGGUAAUCAAAGUGAAAAGCCAAAACUAGAAAAAAACAAUUAUGACUUGGCAAGAUUUAAUGGAGUUCAUACUAAAUUUAGCACUUUGGAUGGUAUAAGUAGCCCUAAUGAUUAUGUUGAGAGUGCUAAAAAAAAAGAUUAUGCUGCUUUGGCGAUAACUGACCAUUACAACGUUCAAUCUUUUCCUGAAUUUAGUAAACACCAAAGUAAUGAUUUAAAAAUUAUUUAUGGUUGUGAAUUAGAAGUCUUGGCGGAUAAAUUGCCGCCUUAUAUUUUUAACCACAAUGAUAGCAUUUUAACCGCCGAAAUAGAAAACUUAACUUAUUGUAUUUUUGAUUUAGAAACCACUGGUUUUUUCUCGACUUAUAAUGAAAUAAUUGAAAUAGGCAUUGACCCUAAUGAGUUAAAGAGUGCUCCGAAAAUUAAAGAAGUUUUACCACUGCUGAAAAAAGAUUGGGAAAAUUGUGUAUUAGUAGCCCAUAAUGCCGCUAACUUCGAUUAUGGAUUUUUGAAUAAAUCUUAUAGUUUAGAAAGAUUGACCCGUAUUCCGGGGCGGGAAAAGGUUGUUCAAACUCACCGAGCAUUGGGGGAUAGAGAAGUAGAAAAAUUAAUUGAUGGUAAAUAUUUUCCUAAUCGAGGUCAUAAAGUAAAGGUUUUAGUUAUUAACCAAGAAGGGCUAAAUAACCUUUAUCGUUUGGUGACCCUUUCACACACCGAAAGGCUUUUUAAGAAGCCUUGCGUUUUCCACUCUGACUUAGUUAAGUAUCGUCAAGGACUUUUGGUAGGAGCGAGCGGAGGGAGAGAAGGAGAGAUGUUUACUCUUUUUAGUUCUUUUAACUCCAUUCAGAAGAGAAAAAAAAGAAUGAAAUUUUAUGAUUACAUUGAAGCGGGUAGCCCUAAUAGCCUCCGCCACUUAUGA